AUGGGCGCCCGGUGGCUGCGUUGCCUGUUGCUGAGCUGCUGCCUGGCGGCGCGCUGGGGGCUCUGGGCGCAGAGACCCCCGCCCGGCGAGUACUGCCACGGCUGGAGAGACGCGCAGGGCCGGUCCCACGGAGGAUUCCUCUGCCCGGAGCGCUUCGACACGCCCGACGCCACCAUCUGCUGCGGUUCCUGCGUCUUGCGCUACUGUUGCGCCGCCAGCGAGGCGCGCUUGGAGCAAGGCGGGUGCGCGGACGACCCCGAGCCGCAGCCCCCUGCGGGGAGCGCCCAGCCCACCUACGUCCCUUUUCUCAUAGUUGGCUCCAUCUUCAUCACUUUCAUUUUCGUGGGGUCCCUCAUCGCCGUUUACUGCUGCACCUGCCUGAGGCCGAAGCCCACCUCGCCGGCCCCUCUGCGCUUCUCUUUACGAAGCUACCAGAUGGAGACCUUACCCAUGAUCCUCAGCUCCUCCAAUUUACGGAUCCCCUCAAGACCAUCCAGUCCAACGAUCAACUCCGGCUGUCUGGCAGACUCCCUCGGCCAUUUCCCCCUCGUCAGGCCCGAACGUGGGAGCCGGGAGACCUCUGCACCGCCACCAUACACAGCAGGUGGCUUGCCCGCGGGCCAUUCUCUCAACCUCUCUCAGUCGUCUGGAUUUGUGGCGUCAACCACACCAUAG